AUGGAACCAGCCAUCAAUAUCUCGUUGUUCUGCCAACUUGGCAUGUCAAUGAAUCGUUACUUCGCGAUUUGCUAUGAUGGGAAAUACUUCCACAGAACGAUCAAGCUUUCUUAUCUUCAACUAGUUGUUGCAUUGCUGGCACCCUAUGCUUUCUACCAUGGUAUCGUUUGGUUGACAGCGCUUGCCCCAAUCGUUGCUGCUUACGUAGAAAUAUUUCUCAUCACCCUCUUCAUCUCCAUAUUGGUUUCGCUUGAUUGGAUCACUUUUUACAAACAUCACGGUCGACAAAGCAAAACGCGUAAGCAAGCCGAGAGGCGACUGGCAAUUCAGAUGGUUGGAAACAAUUUCCAAUUUGUUCUCCAUUAUUACUUUGUUAUCUUCGCAAUGGUUUUGAUCGUUCCACUAAAUUGGACUGUUUUCCAAUUCCUAAAUAUGGUCGACAAAUUGAUCAUGAACGCGUUGGCACAGUUUUGGGGAGGGGUGACAAAAUAU